GCAAUGAGUUUUUCACGUUAUUUAGAAAGGAAUUGUCUUCUCACAUAAAAUGGCAGUAUCCUUUUUGGGUAAAAGAAUCGCUUUAACGCGACGGAAUUUCUUGAAAAUUCCGAAGCGACAUGGAUAUAUAGUCCUACUUCCAGAAAUAGGUGAAGAAUCAUCCGAGAAAAAUCCUUUAUUAAAGGAUGACAAUUUGCCAGAGUUUAAUACAUUUACAAUUGAAAAAUGUAUAGCAGCUAUUAGGAAACAAACUGUAGAUUUUGAAGAAAACAUGAAUAGUCUGGAAAAAAAAGUCUCAAUAAAAGGUUUAGAUAUAUUUAAUGAUUGGUUACAUCUAAUCGAGGAUGCAUAUCUUCCUCUUGAGACUACUUGGGGUAUAGCAAAGACUUUAUAUUUUGGCAAUCAAAGUUUAAUGCCGACGAAAUGCUACAUGGAUAUUCAUGAACGUGCUACAAGAGCCAUAGCUAGCAAAUUUGGCAGUGCGCCACUCUUUAGGGCAUGCAAGGAAACAUUGGAGAAUAAGGACAUUAAAUUAACACAUUCGCAAAGGAGAGUGCUUAGCAAGUAUGUGCUGGAAGGAACUUUGAAUGGCCUGCAUCUGCAAGAUAAAGAAUUGGAGAAAUAUUCAUCCAUUUCAAGUUAUAUUAUGUUGAAAAUCAAGGAAUACAAACCAAAAUAUGAGAGUUCCACAGCUGUGUAUAAUAUGAUAAUACAUAACAAAUAUGUCGUGGAGGAUUUUCCGGAAGAUUAUCUCAGAUCCAUUGCAACUGAUCCUAGUAAACCAUAUAUGGGUCCUUGGAAAAUCACUCUAAAGCCAUAUAUCUUGCAACCGUUUAUGGAAUAUUGUCCUGAUCGUGAAUUGAGGAAAGCGAUCUGGGAUGCUGAUGUCACCCGAUGCUCUAAUUAUCAGGAAAGAUCCGUUCAGGCUAGCGGAACGUUGGAAGAACUCCGAUCAGGUAGAAUUGAACAGGCGCAACGAUUGGGAUUUAAGAAUUACGCAGAGAUGAGCAUGGAGACAAAAAUGGCAGGCAGUCUGGAGAAUCUGUUCAAUACGCUAGAAGUUCUUCGGAAUACUGCAUUGCCCGUUCAGGAACAGGAAAUCGCAAGUUUAACCGAAUUUGCAAAGGAAAGAGAUUUCAAUGACAUUAUCAGGGUAUGGGAUAUUGCAUAUUGGAGUAAAAAACAACGUCGUGACAUGUAUACUAAUGAUGAAAACAAGUGGAAGGAGUAUUUUCCGCUACCGACUGUAUUGUCAGGUCUCUUCAAACACAUCGAGACGCUCUUCAAUGUGAAAAUCGUCGAAAGCAAAAAAGCGGAUAUUUGGCAUAAAGAUGUCCGGUUCUUCGACAUAUUCGAUUUGAAUGGAUCCAAUGCCGCACCCAUCGCAAAUUUCUAUCUAGAUCCCUACGCCAGAGGAACGGAGAAGUUCCGAAAGGAACAGGAUUCGGGAUGGGUGUCCACAAUUAAAAGCAAGAGCAAAGUGAACAAUAGCACUCCACUGAUCGCCAUGAUCUUCAAUUUUCCGCCACCGAUAGGCGAUAAACCCUCUCUUCUUUCCUUCAGGGAUAUACAAGUUCUUUUCCAGAAGUUUGGACACGCUUUGCAACAUUUGCUAACUACGAUCGAGUACUCUGACAUUGCUGGAUUAUCAUUUGUGGAAUGGGACGCAGUAUUCAUUUGUGAUUUCUUCAUGGAAAACUGGUUGUAUGAAUCAUUUAUGUUGCAAAACAUCUCCGGACAUUACAAAACGAAGGAACCAUUACCUGCAGAGGCUAUCGACAGCAUUAAAAGAAUGAGGUCGCAUUUGGCUGGCUAUAAGCUUUGUAAAGAACUUUACUUAUCACAUUUGGAUCUGGAGCUGCAUUCCAGUGAAACAUUUUGGGUGCCUAUGAUGAAACGUUUAUGGCCGAAAUAUUUCGUGUUGCCUCUCGAAAAAAGGGACGUUCAUGUUUGCAAUUUCGAUCUUAUAUGGAGCGGCAAUUGGGCAGCUGCAUAUUUCAGCAAAAUUUGGUCCGAGAUGAUAGCUGCCGAUUUGUACACAGCUUUUCAAGAGGUCAACUUCGAUGAAUCGCAACAGAAGGAAUUAGGCAUGAGGUUCCGUAACACAUUUUUAUCUUUAGGCGGUAGUUAUCCUGCUGCCGAGGUUUUUAGGAAAUUUAGAGGAAGAGAUCCAAGCCCAAAGGCAUUAUUAGACAAUCUUGGUUUAACGCAUACAACGAAAGAAACCAAAUGAUGCGAUUAUGAUUAGAUAUAGUACUACUCUUCAAGAGUAUGCAAAAAUAAUUAUCAAUUCUGUAUAGUACUGUUACUUCGAUCCAUAAAUAAUAUAGAUU